AUGGAAGCACGAUUGUUGCAAUAUUUCUGUGCUGAAACAAACAUCUGUUCGUCAAAUGCAACAUUGUGGAGUGAUUCUCAAGUUGUCUUAGGGUGGAUACGCAGUGAGCCCAACAAAUGGAAAACUUUUGUUAGCAACAGAGUAACAGAAAUUAUUUCCUAUAUCAAUCCUUCACAAUGGAGACAUUGCCCUGGCAAAGACAAUCCAGCUGACAAACUUUCUCGAGGUGUUUCACCAUCAACACUAAAAAACCUGGAAAUUUGGUGGAACGGCCCUCCAUGGUUAGUCAAAUCUCUAGAAUAUUGGCCUCAUUCUGAUACUAUAUCUAAAGAUUACAGUCAUAACUUCGAGGCAAAGAAAGAAAAAGUUCAGAUCCUUCACAUCGUAUCUACUCAACCAAUCAUAAAGCCUGGAAACUACAGUUCUUACUUUCGAUUGUUACGUGUUAUAUCUUGGAUUCUUCGCUUUAUUCACAACUGUAGGAAAGAAGAAAAGUUAGUGGGUGAAUUACAUGCCACAGAACUGAAUCGAGCUCGUAUUUAUUGGAUACAGACCGUUCAGAAAGAAUCAUUUCCUUCAGAAUAUGAAGCUCUGUUGACAGGAAAAUCACUCCCUAAGAAAUCAAGGAUAAAACAAUUUAACCCUUUCUUCAAGAACAAUAUUAUACUUCUCAGUGGUCGACUACAAUUUUCUGAUUUAUCUCAUGCUAAAAAACAUCCCAUAUUAUUCGAAGGUUCUCAUCAUUUUACAAGCCUGCUGAUACGCCAAACACAUUUACGAAUGCAUCAUUUCGGUGUUCGGAUUGUACUUUCUCAGCUUCGUUCAGAAUAUUGGAUAUUACGAGCAAGACAAGCCAUUAAAAAGGUGAUAAAGACUUGUCUUCCAUGUAAAGUACUGAAACAAAAGAGAAGUGAACAGAUAGGAGCUCCAUUACCAGCUGAGCGAAUUCAAAAGUCAUCUCCUUUCGAAACUACCGGAAUUGAUUUUGUUGGACUCACGUCUACAUAA